UCACAUGUGAUUACAGUGACAUGAUUGAAGAGAGAUACGAGGACGACUUCAAAACCACCAGACACUCUCUCCUCUUCUUUCUUUCUCACACUUCUGCUUCCAUUGUAGCAACCCAUUUGCCGUGAUAAGCUGGCUUUGCUGCUAUGCCCUAAUUCCACCUCUUGCAAGAAAUCCCAAUUCCAAAUUUCAAAUAUUUUUCAUCAUGCUUUUAUGAGUGAAUGAAAGCAACAAUCCAAAAUAUUCACAGCUGUGUUCAAAUGUCCCUUUCUCUCAUAUCUGUUAUGGAAUUUUGUGGUGUUUUUUCCACUGUUUUUGGUCUUUAUUGUCUUUGAUCUUGAUGUUUCUUCUUUUUUUAACUUGGGUUUUGGGGCUCAACAACCAAGGUUGAGCUUCUUGCCUUGUUGGGCUUUCGUUUUCUUUAAUCUUUCUUUGUCCUCCCCCGUUCCAUCACCUCAAGAAUCAGAGAGAGUUAGACACAAAGCCUCUUGCAAUAAUGUGUCAUUCAAUUUCUGAUUUUUCUUCUUCUAUUACGGCACACUAUAUCUUCAUCAUCUUCUUAUAUAUAAUUUGACUUCCCAUGUUUUCUCCACCUUUUCUUCUUCUCUACAAGAAUUUUGCUCCCAUUUUACUAUUUUGAGAAUGGGCUGCAGCCACAAUCUGUUUUUGUGUCAAAGACUUGGUUAUGUUACCAUUUCCUUACUCUUCCUCUUGAUUUCAAGCUCAACCCAUGGGAGAUUCAAGGCAGAAGGCAGAGCUAAUCCAAAAUCUGCUACAGUUUCACAGACAGAAAAUGAAGAGAAGAUGAUUAUGAGAUCUCAGAUUGGUUCAAGGCCUCCAAGAUGCGAGCGAAGAUGCAGUUCUUGUGGACAUUGUGAAGCUAUUCAGGUGCCUACAAAUCCCCAAGUAAAUCAUGGCAAUGGAAACUACCCAAAAGUCUCCAACGUUGCUUAUGCAAGAGGGGAUGACUUGUCCAAUUACAAGCCAAUGAGUUGGAAGUGCAAGUGUGGAAAUUUAAUCUUCAACCCUUGAUUAUCUGCUAAAGUUGACAUUUUUUUUUCCUUUGAAGAAUGUACAUUAUUGAUAUUGAAUGAAGAUUUUUCUUCUGUUUCUUCCA